GCUGUUGCUAUUUUUCAUUUAAAACAACAACAACAAGAAAAAAACCCAGCUUAUCUAACUGGCUAUCUUAUGUGAUUUCUCCCAGGAAGCACAGCAAGAUUCAGUCCAUCAGAAGCCUGGCUACACAGCCUACAGAGCCGAAUUCAGAAGUGCCAAAACAAGCGCAGCAGAGUGCCGGCCUUCCCGCCGGAGAAGGCCCGGAGCCCGCCGGCGGCCCGGGCGGCCAGCAGGGAGAGGAGCCCGGCGUCUUGGCCGAAGAGCCGCGCCAGAGCCCCGCGCUGCCCCAGAGCCCCGCGGGCGGCGGGAAGGCGGACGGAGCCGCGCGGGCGCCGGCCGACGAAGAGGAGGAGGCCGCUCAGGAUAGGACCCAGCAGAGUAAAGCUCAGCCCCCGCAGCCGAGCACAGAGCUGUCCAUCAACUCCCAGGGAGGAGCUGUGCCCGCCAGCGUGAUCUUGUCUCCCAACCUGAGCCCCGACACCAAGCAGGCCUCCCCCUUGGUCAGCCCGCUGCUGAACGACCAGGUGUGCCCACGCACCGACGACGAGGAGGAAGGCCGGAGAAAGAGAUUCCCAACGGACAAGGCGUACUUCAUUGCUAAGGAAGUAUCCACCACCGAAAGAACAUAUCUGAAGGAUCUUGAGGUCAUCACUUCGUGGUUUCAGAGCACGGUGAGCAAAGAGGACGCCAUGCCCGAAGCCUUGAAAAGUCUCAUAUUCCCGAAUUUUGAACCUUUGCACAAAUUUCAUACAAGUUUUCUCAAGGAAACUGAACAACGACUAGCCCUGUGGUGAGCACAAUGAUGUUCAACAAUUACACGUGUCCCCACGGCCUCCUCUCUCCCCCCCGCCUUGUGUUUUCGGGUGGUUCCUUUUACGCAGCUAUCAUGCCCAAAGAUAAAGUCAAGAACCUGGCUUAAGAAGAGCCAAUCGCAAAAUGGUUUUCAGGGAAAUUCUGUGGGUAUUUAGAGGUCACCCUGGAAUUUUGUUCCCUUUGGUUUACAGUUCUUCAGAACGCAUGUUUUCUUACAAGUAAGUGAGUCU